AAGUCUUUAGAGAGCAGAGCCUGUGUCCAGGAAGCAGGUGGAGGUGAGAAAAGACUGUAGCUGAAGGAGCAGGGAGAAUGGGGCUGAAAGUGGGAGCUUGAGGAUUGGGAAGAAGGAGGGGCUGUGGAUUAGGGCAGUUGCAGUAAAAAAAAGGGGCUUCCAGGAGCCUUCCCCCACUUCCUGGCCACCGAGGCUGCCAGAAUUUCCAGGUCUCACUGAGGGCCCCUCAGCCCCAGGGGACCCAUCUUCCAGACCUGAGCAGUGCCAAGCUUCCUGCCAACCUGGGGCAUAGACUUGCUUCUCACCAAGAAAGGAUGACCAGAUGGGGUGUGUAGGGUGAGAAGAGAAGCAAGUCACCUGCCCUCGUGUGCCAGAGCAGAGGAAGGCUGGCAUCCAGGGAGGCAGAAGCUGCAGGGAGGGGCCUGGGGGGAGCAGGGAAGAAGCUGAAUUGAAUCCCAGGGAGACACUGGCCGGGGAGAAAACUCUACCCCGUGGAAUCCCCUCCCUCGUGUUACAAAUGAAGAAAGUGAGGCCAAGGGUGGAAAGCCAGUUGCCCAAGGUCAUAUGGAGAACAAUGGCAGAGCUGGGCCUGCUGGAGCCGAGGCCCCAUGUCCCAGCCUCGGGCUCCUUCUCUCCUGCCUCUCCCUCCAUCUGGAGCCCGUCCCCCCUCCCAGCCCCACACCAUGUGUGCAGGGAGGGUGAGGAGGUGGUGUUUGCAGUUGCUAGGCAACCCAGGGCAUCCUGGUCUCUUGACAGGUUCAUUGGGUGAGUGACAGGUGUCAGUUGGGGGGGGGGAUUUGUUUAUUCUUGUGGGAGUGAUAGAAUGAGAGAGGGGCACCCUGGGCCUGGCCUUGGGAGAGGACACAGGUUAUCUCAGCCAUCCCCCCUGUCUGGACCCAGUGGCACCCUGAGCUCCAGAUGGCACCCUGGGGAACAGGAAAGGCGAGAUGUUCUCUAGCUUAGAACUACCCACCCUGCCCCCACUCCAGGCUGCCGAAGGAACACACAGAGGGGUCCCCUCUACCCCCAUUCCAGUGCGUGCACGCCUAGCAUCCCUGUCCCCAGUCUUAGACCUACCCAGGUGACAGCCCUCUAGGAGGGCACAGAUGGAUGAGGCUGCUGGAGGGGACCUGGGAGGAGACAUGGGGGCAGAGGUCACAGAUCCCAUGGUGGGAUGUCCAGGCCCUACUGCCCUUUAGCAAGUCAGGACAGUCCUGGGGCUCAGGCCCUUCUGGGCCACCUUGUAGCUACAUGAUCCUGGAUCAGUCAAUUCCUCUGGCCCUGCUUGAGUCUCCUCACUUAUAAAAUGAUUUCUUCUUGGAUUGUGGGAAGAAAAACACUCCCCACACGAGUAUUAGAUGGAGCCUAGAAAGAAGGUGAUGCAUAAAGGAGGGAUGGGCAACAAUCUGAGGGUCCCCACUCCAGGGGUCCAGGGUGGGAUACCCUCCGCAGGCACCCCCAGCCUGACAGGCACCCCCCCUACCCAGAUCAUCGCCUUUGACGAACUGAGGACCGACUUCAAGAACCCCAUAGAUCAGGGCAACCCUGCGAGGGCACGAGAGCGUUUGAAAAACAUUGAGCGGAUCUGCUGCCUCUUAAGGAAGCUCGUGGUCCCCGAGUAUUCUAUCCACGGCCUCUUCUGCCUGAUGUUCCUGUGCGCCGCGGAGUGGGUGACCCUGGGUCUCAACAUCCCCCUCCUCUUCUACCACCUAUGGAGGUAUUUCCACCGCCCGGCAGACGGCUCCGAGGUCAUGUACGACGCCGUCUCCAUCAUGAACGCAGACAUCCUCAACUACUGUCAGAAGGAGUCCUGGUGCAAACUCGCCUUCUACCUGCUGUCCUUCUUCUAUUACCUGUACAGUAUGGUUUAUACGUUGGUGAGUUUCUAAAGGGGGAAGCCGGCCAGGGAAUGAACUCCAAGAACGGACCGGACGCCUGUGUACCCCCAUCCCCGCGCCCCUUUUGGACAGCGGAGAAGAGC